AUGGUCGCAUACGUCUCCAAACUGGCCGCUAAAACGGCCCCACACUUUGGCAGAUUAAACUUGUCCAACCUGCUUUCUUACACCCCUAACUUGGCUAUUUGGGGCGGUGCAUCCUUCGCCGGGAUCUUUGUCUUCACUGAAGGCUGGCCCUUGUUCCAAGACACCUUCUUUAAGAAACUUCCAGUAUUCGGAUCUCAUUGGGUCAAGGAGGUUGCCCCAGAGGACAGCCCACAGUAA